AUGGGGUCGAUGCGCGCCUUUCCUGCCGGACUCCUGCUGCUCGCCUUUGCGCUCAUCGCCACAGUUCAGAUGAUGAAGGCAGCGCAUGGCGACGACUCAGUGAGAAGCAUCAUGACACACCAUCGCAACUUUGCGGGUGUUGGAGGGAAGAUUGCUGGCAGACAAUUCGGCGACAUCGGGUUCCCGCAAUUUGCCAACAGUGUUUUUUUCUAA